UCCAAGUCGAGACCCUUGAGGUUGCGGACCUAAGGAGAGUUGUCACAAACAACUUGAACAACUUGAACAAGUGACGUCUCUCUGUUCAACACAGCAGUACCAUGUCAUGACUGGGUUCCCAAAGUACCGAGAGCACAGAUCGAGUUGUUGGCAUCAAGGAGAUAGUAUCAUCUCACCUUCACAGUGAUGGCAGCAAGCCUCUUCGUGGUGAACUUAAUGACGCCCAGCGUCUCGACGUGUGACAGGAAGGGGAAGAGGGAAAGCAGGCAUAUGUUGUGUCUCAACAUUGUGAACCAUAUAUGAGAUGGCUCUGUUCUUUACCACCCUAGUCCUUGCCGUCUCCGCCGCGGCUCGGGGUAUCACCGAAGCCCCAUCGGCGAUAACGCCAGUCGCAAAGGCGGAUUGUACCUUGACCAGCUCCAUACCAGCGUGCGGUAUUGGGUGUCUCGUUUCUGCUGGCAGCGCUGCCGGCUGCCCCGACGCACUGGACCUCGCCUGUCAGUGUAAGGCCGCCACAGAGAUUCGCUCUCUCGCCUCUAGCUGUGUUACAAGCGCGUGCGGUGAAGAGGUUGGCUCCACGGUCGAGUCCGUGGCCGAUGCCAUAUGCACCCUCGCUACCGGGGGACUGAGGCUAUGGUUAACAGAGGCUCCCACGGGCUCAGAGACAGUCUAUCGGCAAGUGAAGAGAGGAAGGUAAACCACAUCUGGAUUUAAACUGGGACCCCAAAGUCACUUUCUCAACAAUAAGCAAAAUGCAACGCUAAAA